AUGGACGUUAUUAAUGAUCAUUUAACAAUUGUACUCUGCCAUGGAUCUUUUACAGGUGCACUUGUAUGGCAAAGUGUUAUCCCAUUCUUAGUUAAAGAAGGUUAUAAUGUUGUUGCAGUUGAUUAUCCAACUAGAGAUUUUAAUGAAGAUGUUGAAUACACUAGAAACUUAAUUGAUCGUCAAGAUGGAAAUGUAUUAUUAGUUGGCUAUUCAUAUGGUGGUGCAGUUGUUACUGAAGCUGGUAAACAUGAAAAAGUAGUUGGUAUUGUUUAUAUCGCUGGUUUUGCACUUGAUGAAGGUGAUAGUUUAGGUAGCAUCCUUGGCAGAAGAGAAGAUCAAGGUGCCAAUAGCAGAAUUCUCGAUAGUAAGGGUUUCCUUUGGGUUAAACCAGAAGAUUUCAAUAAAUGUAUUUGUCAAGAUCUUAGCCAAGAAGAAUCAUUAGCAAUGUCAUUAUGCCAAAAACCAUUACAUCUUUCCAUUGUCACCCAUACAAUGGGUCCAAAUCCAGCUUGGAAAAAUAAACCAACUUGGUAUCAAAUCUCUGAUAACGAUAGAAUGAUUCCACAAGAAACUCAAAUCGAAAUGGUUAAUAACAUUAAACCAAAGAAAACCAUUCAUUUAAAUUCAAACCAUGCUUCAAUUUCUUCUCAUCCAAAAGAAGUUACAGCUUUCAUUAUUGAAGCUGCUUCAACAUUUAAAUAA